AUGCCUGUUGGAACUGUUCUCGUCACCGGUGGCACCGGCUACAUUGGCUCCUUCACCACCUUGACACUUCUCGAAAACGGUUACGAUGUCGUCAUUGUUGACAACCUCUACAACUCCUUCGAAAAUGUCAUCGACCGCAUUGAGAAGCUCUGCGGACGUCGUCCAGCCUUCCACAAUGUCGACCUGACCGACGAGAAGGCUCUUGAUGCCGUCUUUGACAAGCACCCCGAGAUUGACUCCGUGAUUCACUUUGCUGCCCUCAAGGCCGUUGGCGAAUCUGCCGAGAUCCCUCUCGAGUACUACCGCGUCAACGUCGGCGGCAGCAUUAGCCUCAUGCGCUCCAUGACCCGCCACAACGUCUCUAGUAUCGUCUUCUCCUCUUCCGCCACCGUCUACGGUGAUGCCACCCGAUUCCCCAACAUGAUUCCUAUCCCAGAGCACUGCCCGAUUGGCGCCACAAACACCUACGGCCGCACCAAGUCGAUGAUUGAGGAUGUCAUUACCGACCACGUCAACGCCGAGCGCAACAGGCUGAAGAAGGAGGGCAAGCCAUUUGAGCAAUGGAACGGCGCUCUUCUGCGAUACUUCAACCCCUGCGGCUCUCAUCCUAGUGGUAUCAUGGGCGAAGACCCUCAGGGUGUUCCCUACAACUUGCUGCCUCUGCUUGGUCAGGUUGCGACUGGCAAGCGCGAGAAGCUCCUCGUCUUUGGCGAUGACUACUCUUCUCGCGACGGCACUGCCAUCCGCGAUUACAUCCACGUCAUCGAUCUCGCCAAGGGACAUCUCGCUGCCCUUCAGUACCUUCGUGACAACAAGCCUGGCGUCAAGGCCUGGAACCUUGGUUCUGGACGUGGUAGCACUGUCUUUGAGAUGAUCAAGGCCUUCAGCUCCGUUGUCGGCCGCGAUCUUCCCUACGAAGUUGUUGCCCGCCGCCAAGGCGACGUGCUCGACCUUACCGCCAACCCCACCCUCGCCAACCAGGAACUCAAGUGGAAGACCGAGAUGCCCAUGGAGAAGGCGUGCGAAGAUUUGUGGCGCUGGGUCAGCAACAACCCCCAGGGCUACCGCCAGGAGCCUCCGGCGGAGCUGAUGAACGCCAUUCAGACACCCAAAGCUUAA